UUUAAAUGGAUCAAGAGAUACAUAAAAGGAAGCUUAUCUGAUGAAGAACCUUGUUAAAAAUAUUGAAGAGAGGUUUGAAUACAUGAAUCCAUUCAAUGGGAACCGCCUGGCUAAGUACUACAUAGACAGAAUUUCACGGAAGAAAGCUAAUUAUUCUAAAAUGCAUCCUUCAUUUGAUAGCUGCGCUAGAUGGAUAAAUUUGAAACAAAAGAACAUGGAUAAAUUGAGAAUAAUCUCAGACCUCCUAAAACCCAAAAAGACCCACAACAGACCAAUCCCUUGAUGUGACCUCCUAAAUGGGUCUUCCUCCACUUCAAAAAUCCUGCAAAUACUAAGCUCACUCAACUCUUCAAUUUGCUUAUCCAAACGAUCGCUCUCUCCCUCAUUAUUCAUAAAAAUCCUACUCACAACCAAGCAUCUCACUCAACUCAAAUUUGCCUUACUCAAAAUAGAUCCACUGCCUUCCUCAAGAAGAAGGAGGCUUCUGCAGUCAGUACCAGAAGGGGUAAAUCUGGAUUUGGAGUCGAUGAAAUUCUCAGAUAGUGGAAGUGCGAAUAGAGCAGAUUUGUGUACAAAUGUGGUGGAGUUUGUACUGGGGUUGGUUGAAUCUGGGUUUUGAAGGAAAUUGAAGAAGGUGGUAUUUGCAAUGAUGAGGUUAAACCCUAAAGAAGUUCAAAAGAUUAUUGAAAGAAAAUACAUUCCUUCAACGAUAGAAAUAAUGCUGGCGUGGCCAUCUAGUAAGAUUGUGUUCAGUAAAUCCAAAAAUGGAACAGUUCAAACCAAAAAGUUUGAUUUUUAA